UCCCUCGGCGCAUCGUCGCCGUGAAGCCGGCCACUUGAGAAGUUAUCAGUGCGGACAGCCAAUCGAUAUAUUUGAUUGUGGUUCAGAGAUACCAUUGAACGAAUGAACAUUCUCUGAAUGGCAACAUUUUCUUUUCUUUAUUGCUGGUGCAACUCAAACUUAAUGCUUACGUCGUUUAUGUUUUCAUCAAAAAAUCCUGCAAGCUGCGAGUUUCGUUUAUGAGUUAUAUAAAUAACUUCGUCACUGAAAUCUUAUGUCGGGGAGGGUUUCAUUCAUCGGUUAUGCGAUCUAGGUGUUGAUGCAUGUGUCGUCGAAGAAAGUUAGUUGUCAUUCUGAAGAUCUAGAUGUUGCAUAUCUACCGUUAUAUUUCUUGUACAACGAAACUUUUGUCCGUGCUGCUUUUGGUUUAUUUCUUUAUGCUUUCGUUCUUUCAGACGAAGUGUGGGUGAAUAAGCCAUGAAUACCUUUUCUGGGCAGCACAAAUGGCCGAGCUCUUGCUUGAUUCAGUUUAAAAACUGCACCAUAUUACGUAAUCAUGAGUUGGUUCUGGAAGACCUCUGGGUUCGAAACAAUGUCAUUGUGGACCCUGAGCCCAUAUUUUUCGAUGAGCGGAUCACUGCCGACAUCCAGCUAGACUGCAAAGGAGCCACCAUUGCACCAGGCUACAUUGAUUUGCAAAUUAAUGGAGGCAUGGGAGUAGAUUUCUCUCACAGUGUCGACACAAUUGGAGAUGCUGUUGACAAGGUUGCCAAAGGCAUUCUACCAUAUGGGGUGACGUCUAUGUGUCCAACUAUUGUCACUUCUAUACCGGAAGUUUACCACAAGGCUCUGACUGCUGUGAAGAAGAGAAAUGGCAGUGCUCAUGGUGCCGGAGUUCUUGGGAUUCAUUUGGAAGGUCCCUUCAUCAGCAAGCACAAGAAAGGUGCCCACAAAUCCCAGCUUAUUCAGGACUUGGAAGGUGGCUUUGAAAGUCUUAUGAAUGUGUAUGGGACUUUGGACAGCGCUGCCAUUAUCACGAUGGCACCUGAACUGGAUCCUGAUGGCAAAGUGAUCCGGGCAAUCGUCGAAAAAGGCGUUACAGUCUCUAUAGGACACUCUGAGGCUAAUCUCGUCCAAGGUGAGAAGGCAAUGCAGGAUGGAGCAUCUUUCAUCACCCACCUCUUCAAUGCUAUGUUACCUUUUCACCACAGGGACCCUGGACUCGUUGGGCUGCUGACGUCUAAGAAGCUUCCAGAGGAAAAGAAUGUAUUCUAUGGAAUCAUAGCUGAUGGUAUCCACACACACCCUGCUGCAUUGCGCAUUGCUUAUAAGGCCAACUCUAGAGGCUUGACGCUGGUCACUGACGCAAUGUCAGCCAUGGGUCUUGAAGCAGGUGUCCACUUCAUAGGGGAAAAUAAAGUUGAAAUCCUGGGCAAGCGUGCUGUGAUCGCAGGAACAACUACACUUUGCGGAAGCAUUGCAACAAUGGAUUUCUGUGUCCGGUAUUUGCAGAAAUCAACAGAAAAAAUGGUCUCUGAAGAAUUGCGGUACUCCAUUCUUGACCACCACAGGCUGGGGAUGCCUGUUCCGAAAAUUGCAAAGAUGCUUAAAUUGCACUGAGUCCAAGUGCAUCGUGUCAUCAAACAAUUCCAGGAGACAGGAGGUGUCAAGGACCGGCCGCGAAGUGGGAGGCCUCGAACUGCAAGAACCAAGGAACUGAAAUUGGCUGUCAACAAGAAAGUCAAGCGAAAUCCCCUGAGGAGCAUACGAAAACUCACCCGCGAGCAUGGAGUUAGCAACUCCACCAUGCAAUUACUUGUAAAAGAAGAUCUGGGACUCCUGGUGUGCAAACUAGCAAAAGGCCAGCUGCUUACGACCACAUGAAGGCCUCCAGAUUGGAAAAGUGCUGCAGAAUGAGGCAGCUGAGCCGCGGCGAAGCCCUCAAAUGGGUUCUCUUCACAGAUGAGAAGAUUUUCACUGUUGAACCGGCCUGGAAUUCUCAAAACCAUCGAGAAUUGCUGCCAGUCGGGUCUCCCCGAAAUGUUAGAGUGGAGAAAAUCCAUUUCCCCAAGAGCGUCAUGGUUUGGGGUGGGAUUUCAGGCCUUGGGAAGACCAAGCUUGUUUUUGUCUCAAAUGGAGUCAAAAUCAAUGCCGAGACCUACCGUGAGUUCAUCCUGGGCUGAAAAAGAUGAAAAAAAUGUUGACUGGCGGCUGCAGCAAGACUGGGCACCUGCCAACGGAGCGAAGAAAACAAUCCAGUGGUGUGAGGCGAAUCUCCCUGGCUUCUGGGGGAAGGAUGUUUGGCCGUCCAAUUCCCCUGAUCUCAAUCCUUUGGACUUUGCUGUUUGGGGUAUCCUGGAGCAAAAAGUGUGUUCUUUCAAGCACAAACCCAUCGAAUCCCUGAAACGUGCUCUGCAGAAGACCUGGAACGAAAUCACUCCAGAAGGCAUCAAGGCUAUUUCGAAAAAUUUCCGAAAGCGUCUGGAGGCCUGUAUAAAAGCAGAAGGUGGACAUUUUGAGAAUAAAAUGUGAACUGUUUUGCAGAAUUCAGUGUGCUUAUGAA